AUGGCUCGUACGAGAGGCAAAAGUCCCCAACCGCCAGUCAAGGCUUCGACGCCUGUGAUUGAGAAACAGCAGCCCAUUGUGGUUGCCCCCCCUCAGGAGCCCACUGCUGUUACCACCACGUCCAAGUCCAAGGCCAAGGGCAACAAGUCUAUCUCAUACAAGUCUGAGGGCGUUGAGGACAACGAUGUUUUCCUCCUACCCGCCUCCGACUACUGGGUAGUCCUCGGUCUCAUGGUUGUUGCUACCAUUGUCCGUAUCUACAAGAUCUACCUGCCCACGAGCGUUGUCUUCGAUGAGGUCCACUUCGGUGGCUUUGCUACAAAGUACAUCAAGGGCAAGUUCUUUAUGGACGUCCACCCUCCCCUGGCCAAGAUGCUUAUCGCUCUUACUGGAUGGCUCGCUGGUUUUGAUGGAAGCUUCGAUUUCAAGGAGAUCGGCAAGGACUACAUCGAGCCUGGCGUCCCCUACGUUGCGAUGCGAAUGUUCCCUGCGAUCUGCGGUAUUCUCCUGAUUCCUUGCAUGUUCUUCACCUUGAAGGCUGUUGGUUGUCGUACUAUGACUGCCACCAUGGGCGCCGGUCUCAUCAUCUUUGAGAACGGUCUUCUGACCCAGGCCCGCCUGAUCCUUCUCGAUUCGCCUCUUGUCGCCGCGACCGCUUUCACAGUCCUCGCCUUCUCUUGCUUCACGAACCAGCACGAGCUUGGCCCUACGAAGGCUUUCCAGCUGAGUUGGUGGUUCUGGCUUGUUCUCACCGGUCUUGGUCUGGGUAUCACCGUGAGCAUCAAGUGGGUUGGACUCUUCACAAUUGCUUGGGUUGGAUCCCUUACGCUUCUUCAGCUCUGGGCUCUUCUCGGUGACAGCAAGAACGUAUCUAUGCGACUUUUCACUAAGCACUUCAUGGCCCGAGUCUUCUGUCUUAUUGUCAUUCCUCUCACCUUCUACAUGGCUAUGUUCGCCAUCCACUUUGUCUGUCUCCAGAACCCUGGUGACGGUGAUGGCUUCAUGAGCUCCGAGUUCCAAGCCACUCUCAACAACAAGCGAAUGAAGGAUGUCCCCGCCGAUGUCAUGAUGGGCAGCCGUGUUACUAUCCGCCACGUGAACACCCAGGGCGGUUAUCUUCACUCUCACCCUCUCAUGUACCCUACUGGCAGCAAGCAGCAACAGAUUACCCUGUACCCGCACAAGGACGACAACAAUGUUUGGCUUCUCGAGAACCAGACUCAGCCUCUUGGGAUUGAUGGGCAGCCCAUUAACGGUACUCAUGCGUGGGAUGCCCUUCCCGAGCCUCAGCACAUCAAGGAUGGCGCCGUUCUCCGUCUUUACCAUAGCCCUACCCACCGCCGCCUUCAUUCUCACGAUGUUCGUGCUCCUAUCACUGAGGCUGACUGGCAAAACGAGGUCUCUGCCUACGGUUACGAGGGCUUUGAGGGUGACGCUAACGAUUUAUUCCGAGUCGAGAUUGUCAAGAAGAAGACCCAUGGCGCUGUCGCAAAGGAGCGUCUCCGAACCAUUGAGUCCAAGUUCCGUCUUGUUCAUGUCAUGACUGGCUGUGUUCUUUUCUCUCAUAAGGUCAAGCUUCCUGAUUGGGCCUCGGAGCAGCAGGAAGUAACUUGCGCCCGAGGCGGUACUCUGCCUAACAGCUUGUGGUACAUUGAGGGCAAUGCUCAUCCCCAGCUGGAAGGCGAUGUCGAGAAGGUCAACUACCGCAACCCUGGCUUCUUUGGCAAGUUCUGGGAGCUUCAAAAGGUCAUGUGGCGAACGAAUGCCGGCCUUACUGACUCUCACGCCUGGGAUUCUCGCCCUGAGUCCUGGCCUAUCCUUCGCCGUGGCAUCAACUUCUGGGGUCGCCAGCACACUCAAGUUUACCUGCUCGGAAAUCCUAUUAUCUGGUGGUCUUCAAGUAUUGCUAUUGUCAUCUGGGUUGUCUUCAAAGCCAUUGCCGUUCUUCGCUGGCAGCGCAGCUGUAACGAUUAUGCCAACACUACUUUCAAGCGAUUUGACUACGAGAUUGGUACUUCAGUUCUUGGCUGGGCCCUCCACUAUUUCCCCUUCUACCUGAUGCAACGUCAGCUUUUCCUUCAUCACUACUUCCCCGCUCUCUACUUCGCGAUCGUCGCCCUUUGCCAGCUCUUUGAUUAUGCCACUGCUCGUGUCCCAGGAGUUGGUUCGCGUGAGACUGCCAUCGUCAACCGAAUUGCCACUGUUUCAUUCCUCGUCCUCUCGGCCGCUGUCUUUACACUUUACUCCCCUCUUGCUUACGGUAGCCCCUGGACUAAGGCCGACUGCAAGCGCGUGAAGCUCUUCAGCACUUGGGACUUUGAUUGCAACACUUUCUUCGAUAGCUAUGACAAAUAUAGCGAGGUUCCUUCAAUCAGCUCGUCCGUAGUUCCUACCACCUCGGCAGCCCAAAAGGUUGAGCCCAAGAAGGAGGCCCCUGUAGCCCAGCAGCAGGAGGAAGCUGUCAUCUCAGGGGCUCCUCCAGCCCCAGAACAACCUCAAGUUGAGCACCGAGUGAUUGCCAAGGAGGAGAAGGUUGAGUACCGUGACCAGGACGGUAACCUCCUCGACCCUGAGGAAGUCAAGGCCUUGGAGGGCAAGGUUGAGUUCAAGACCAAGUACGAGACCAAAACACGUGUCGUCGACGAGCAGGGCAAUGACGUCCAAGAGCCUGCUGAGGGUUGGGAACAGAACUUGGGCGCUGGCGUUGCUCCUCCCCAUCCUGAUGUUGAAGGUAUCAACAGCGAGACCGUUAAGGCCGCGGACGAAGAGGCCGUCGCUCCUCAGGAUGUGGCUGCCAGCAAGGAUGGCGAGAAGGAGGCCGAGGAAGCCAUGGCCAAGCCUGCCAGCGAGAACCUCCAAGAUGCUACUGUCAAGGAGGAGCUGUAA